GUUUGUUUGAUAUUCCUUUUUAACCAAAGUAAUAAGUUGCCAACAAAAAAGAAAUAACAAAUCCCGGAGAGAGAGAGAGAGAACAUUGGUGUUUUAUGUCAAAUUUUCUCUUUUCUUCAUGUGCUUUGGUUGAAAACGAAUUCGAAUCAAUUUGAAUAAGCUUGGAGUCUCAUAUGAGAGUUAUUAGAAGUUGCUUGUGGGGAAGAGUUGAGAUCAAUACAUAUUUACUAUAAGGUGUGGCUUCGAAAUGUUGAGUUUCACUAGUAGUGGCUUCGAUAUCUCAAGAAGUUACAUUCAUCUGGGUGAAUGGCACCCUUUGGAAUAACGACGCUUAUCGGGCUUUGAAGCCCUCGAGAUACCUCUUUUUGCAGAGUUUUCAGGGAUUUGUUAGCGACAACAAAACUAGAGAUUUCAUAGCUUUCUGGAGUUGAUAAUGUUACGUGAUAGUUUUUCAUUUGCCCAAGCGAUGGGUUGCUUUGGGUGCUUUGGUUGCUCUGAGAGAUCCAAACAACCGCCAAAGCCAUACGAUGAUGAUGAUGAUGAUGAUGAUGUUGAUGAUGAUGAUGAUAUGUAUUCCAAUGAUGGUGACGUAACCAGCAACGCAGGAGGAAAUGAAGAAGGAGAAGGAGAAGGAGAAGAGGAAGUGAAGCAGCAGAGCCGUUCUAAACGAUCUGAAGAAAUUCUGAAUUAUAAGUUACAAAAUAGGCUAAUCUGCAGGCAGUUUCCUGUGAAGGAAACUAAUAAACUUAUACGCGGAGAGGAUGAAGAUGGAAACAAGACAAUUAAUGAGUUUGUUCGUCAGCGUAAAAUUGGAUCUGGUAGCUACGGAAAAGUAGUUCUAUAUCAGAGCACUGUCGAUGGAAAGGAUUAUGCUCUUAAGGCUUUUCACAAAUCACAUUUGUUGAGACUACGCGUUGCACCUUCAGAAACUGCUAUGGGAGAUGUUCUUCGUGAGGUUAAGAUAAUGAAAACCCUGGAGCAUCCGAACAUCGUUAAUCUCAUUGAGGUGAUAGAUGACCCUAAGACUGAUCACUUUUACAUGGUUCUUGAAUAUGUUGAUGGAAAAUGGGCUUAUGAUGAUUCUGGACCACCUGGUGCUCUCGGAGAGAACACUGCUAGAAAGUACUUUCGAGAUGUAGUUGCUGGCCUCAUGUACCUUCAUUCUCAUAAUGUAAUUCACGGGGACAUCAAACCCGACAAUUUACUGGUUACUAGUACCGGGACUGUGAAGAUCGGAGAUUUCGGUGUCAGUCAAGUAUUCAAGGAUGAUGAUGAUCAACUCCGUAGAUCUCCAGGGACUCCUGUCUUCACUGCACCAGAAUGUUGCUUAGGUGUGACAUACAGUGGCAGAGCCGCAGACACUUGGGCAGUGGGAGUUACUUUGUACUGUAUGAUAUUAGGACAAUACCCUUUUCUGGGUGAGACACUUCAAGAUACUUAUGACAAGAUUGUUCACAACUCGUUGGUAAUCCCAGAUGGGCUGGAAGAUAAUCUCAAGGACUUGAUCAAUGGUCUUCUUUCUAAAGACCCGAAGCAGAGGAUGACGUUGAAAGAUGUGGCGGAGCAUCCAUGGGUCACUGGAGAAGAUGGAGCUGUUCCGGAAUACUUUUGUUGGUGCAAACGCAAAGCUCAAGAAGAAGAAGAAGAAGAAGAAGAAGCACCUAAUGGGAUUGAAACCGUUGAUGAAGUUGCAGACUCUAAACCAAAGACUUAAAAGCUAAGACCCGGUUUACUUUUGGCGGCUAAAAGCGAUUGCGUUUAUGUUGUAAGAGUUUCGUUUGAGGCUCUUUUGUUUAUUACACUUUUCUUUCUUUUUUGGUUUCUUGUUUUCUUUCAAUAUGUAAAGAAAAAAUCAAAAAAACAUGUUUGGGUUAUUAGGUUUAUAACAUCUCUAAUACGACAAUAUGAUGUUUAUUUUAAAUCUCUUUUUUUCGAAAUUAUUAGAGUAUAUGGACUAGAUAGUUA